CCGUUUUAUCAUUUGCAGCAAGCAAUCUUUUCUUCACUUGUUCAUCAAGACAAGACAUGAGUCGUUUUUGGACUUUGCUCACUCAUGUUCAUGCAGUUUCUGGGCCAUGCAUCAUGUUGGUCUACCCAUUAUAUGCAUCGGUGGUGGCUAUAGAGAGCACAUCAAAAUUAGAUGAUGAGCAAUGGCUUGCUUAUUGGAUUUUAUAUUCCUUUCUUACUCUCAUGGAGAUGCUGCUCCAACCCAUCUUAGAAUGGAUACCAAUAUGGUACGAUGUGAAGCUAGCCUUUGUGGCAUGGUUGGUCCUACCACAAUUCAGAGGAGCUGCUUUUAUAUACGAAAAGUUUGUUAGAGAAAAAUUAAUCAAGAAAUAUGGUGCAGCACAUUUCCGCAAGUCACCUAAUGGCAAGGACAAAAACUAAUUUGUGGAUUUUACCACCCCCAAGAAGGGAGAACAUGAAGUCCACCGAUAUAUGAGAAAUCUACCUCGCUCCCUGUCCCGGCUUGGGGACAUGGCGCCCCUGUUUUCAACCCUAUUUCCAAGGCGGGAUAGUGGGCUUUAUUCAUGAGAAAUUAGUGGAUGGUCACAAGUAUUGUACUUAAGCAUUCGGGUUGUAAUUAUUUUAUUUUAUUUUUGGUGACUUUCAAAGUAUGUUGUCUUGUAUAAACUUGUAUUUGCAGUUAGUAAUGCUAUAUAUUUGUUUUCUA